GUCAGAAACAACUAUUCACCAUCUGUGCAUUGAAUUGAGACCAUUUUACUUCAUCAGUUGUCUGAAUUCACACUUCUGUUCAUUGGCAAGGUGAUUCUCGUAGUAAUGGAUUCAACAGGUAAACAAAAGGAUGCUACGGCAAAACAUCGGGCUUGUGAUGAGUGCAGAACCAGGAAACUUGCAUGCUCAAAGGACCCUAACGGAUGUGAAAGAUGUGUGCGAGAAAACAUAUCAUGUCAUUACUCUCAACAGAAACAAAUGGGAAGACCAAGAAAGCGUCAAUUUAUCGAAGCUAUUAGAGAUGAACCGCCCAAUACACCAAACAGCCUACAACCUCUUCUCGAUGAUGGCACAUUGCUCCCUUUCUUUGGCGAUGAACAUUACAAUUUCGAUGAUAACCAUUUUGCUGAACCAUAUUAUACUAAUUCAAAUUUCAAUGAAUUUGAUCCUGCCCAGCAAUUCCAACAAGCUCUCCCUCUGGACACCCCACAUCCUAUCUGGGCCUCAAAUGCAGGUGAUGGCCGGAAUAUAUGGCAGUUUGGAAACCGUGAUAUGCCGGACCCUGCUCCCAUCGACUUUAGUAAUAUGAAUGUGGAAAACCUGAGUGAAACUCAGCCUGAAGCCAACCAAGAAGCUGAAUUAUCAACGGGGUCAAAUCCUUCCUCUUCCUCGCCUAGUGGUAGUGGUGGCCCCUUUCCAAUAUCAGGCGAUAAGUGCAGCUGCUUAUCAUCAAUGUAUUUAUCAUUAUCAGCACUGCACCAGUUCCCAAGUGAAAUCGAUGAAGCUUUGAAGGUAGUUCGUGGCGCUAGUAUUGUGGCAUCGAAAGCCAUUUGGUGUCCUGCAUGUGGUGCGAUAGCGUUAAUUUCACCCACGCCCCCUAUUGAGGCAUUCCAGAAUACGAUGCUCAUCGGAACUAUACUACCUAUCAUAGCGAAUGGAUACGGCCGUCUACUAAAAAUGGUUGAUGAAGCGACUUCUGAGGCAAUUGCCAAAGGGCAGACCAAAAUCUUUAGAUAUCUUGAAUAUGGUGGAUUAUGCGAGCACCAAAGACCAAUUCACGAGGCAGUGGAAUGCAUAGGUAACGCAUUACCAAUGGCAGAUAGAGAAAUGCAACCGGCAGAGUGGCGAACUACCGUAAGAGCUUUGUUGCGAGCUGACAUCUAUGGCCAUGAUCAACCUGGAUUCAAGUACAAAGGAUUGAGAGAUAUCAUUUCCGAGAUGGAGCAAAGGCAAAACGCUCGUCACAAUAUCUUGGAUGCACAAGUUGCUGCGGGCGUGCGAUCGCGUGAGCAUGACCACUUCCCAGAUUUGAAUGUUACAGAUUCGACGGCCAGGCAAUGCUAUGGGGAGAAAACAAGGGGGUGCUUGGAGAUCCUUAAAAUAGCUAAGAUGGCUGUAGAUAGCAUUGUUAUUGCAUGAGCAUCAAAUUGUCUGGUUAUCUGUGCAGAUGACGGCGCGAAGCCACCCAUUCUUAUGCUGUCAUUUUGUCAUUCGCUUUCUAAAUUUGAUAUUCGCUUGCUCAAAUCAAAGUUGACCACCGAGUUAUAGUGUUAUUUUCUUGGGUUUAGACUAUCCAAGUGUCUAGAGAAUGCUCUGAUCUUGUUCGGGAAUUCACCUAUGAAUUUCACAACUUUUAUGAGCAUAGCUGUCAGCGAUUUGACAUCCCAGAACUCUAUUCCACCCUUCGCCUCAACUGCACAACACAACCACAAAAGUGUUGUGAAAUUUCACGGUACUCAAGAAUGGAGGCCAACUGACGAAGUAUAGGUUCAUAGUUGGUCAAUGGACCCUUAAUCACAGUGCCAGUUCAACUAACAAUGCGUCCAUUGGUGGUUUAAUCCCAAUAAGAUCGCCAUGUUUCUUGACGGCCCGCCAAAAUACCUUA